AUGGAGGUGGCUGUGGAGAAGGCGGCGGCGGCCGCGGCCUCGGCGGCGGCGGCGGCAGCGGCGGCCAACGGGGCCCCGUCGGCGUCGGCGACGGCGGCGGCGGCCUCGGCGGCUUCGGCAGCGGCGGCGGCGGCGCCGAGCGGCGAGAACGAGGCCGAGAGCCGCCAGGGCCCCGACUCGGAGCAGGGCGGCGAGGCGGCCCGGCUCAACCUGUUGGACACUUGCGCCGUGUGUCACCAGAACAUCCAGAGCCGCGCGCCCAAGCUGCUGCCCUGCCUGCACUCCUUCUGCCAGCGCUGCCUGCCCGCGCCCCAGCGCUACCUCAUGCUGCCCGCGCCCAUGCUGGGCUCGGCGGCGCAGCCGCCGCCGCCGCCGUCGUCGUCGUCGUCGCUGUCGUCGUCGCUGCCCGGACCCGGCUCGCCGGCCGGCGGCUCCCUGCCGUUCGCCACGCAAGUUGGAGUCAUUCGAUGUCCAGUUUGUAGCCAAGAAUGUGCAGAGAGACACAUUAUAGAUAAUUUUUUUGUGAAGGACACUACUGAGGUUCCCAGCAGUACAGUAGAAAAGUCUAAUCAGGUGUGUACAAGCUGUGAAGACAACGCAGAAGCAAAUGGAUUUUGUGUUGAGUGUGUCGAGUGGCUCUGCAAGACGUGCAUCAGAGCUCACCAGAGGGUGAAGUUCACAAAAGACCACACUGUAAGGCAGAAGGAAGAAGUAUCUCCAGAAGCAGUUGGUGUGACCAGUCAGAGGCCAGUGUUUUGUCCUUUCCAUAAAAAGGAACAGCUGAAGCUUUACUGUGAAACAUGUGAUAAACUGACAUGUCGGGAUUGCCAGUUACUAGAACAUAAAGAGCACAGAUAUCAAUUUAUAGAAGAAGCUUUUCAGAAUCAGAAAGUAAUCAUAGAUACACUAAUUACCAAGCUGAUGGAAAAAACAAAAUACAUAAAAUUCACAGGAAAUCAAAUCCAAAACAGGAUAAUUGAAGUAAAUCAAAAUCAAAAGCAGGUGGAACAAGAUAUUAAAGUUGCUAUAUUUACACUGAUGGUAGAAAUCAAUAAAAAAGGAAAAGCUCUACUGCAUCAGCUUGAGAGCCUUGCAAAGGACCAUCGCAUGAAGCUAAUGCAGCAACAACAAGAAGUGGCUGGACUUUCUAAACAGUUGGAACAUGUCAUGCAUUUUUCUAAAUGGGCAGUUUCCAGUGGCAGCAGUACAGCAUUGCUCUAUAGCAAGCGAUUGAUCACUUACCGGUUACGGCACCUACUUCGAGCAAGGUGUGAUGCUUCGCCAGUGACCAACAACACCAUCCAGUUUCACUGUGAUCCUAGUUUCUGGGCUCAAAAUAUUCUCAAUUUAGGUUCUUUAGUAAUCGAAGAUAAAGAGAGUCAGCCACAAAUGCCUAAGCAGAAUCCUGUCGUGGAACAGAAUUCACAGCCACCAGGUGGUUUAUCUUCAAACCAGUUAUCCAAGUUUCCAACACAGAUCAGCCUAGCUCAAUUACGACUUCAGCAUAUGCAGCAACAGGUAAUGGCUCAGAGGCAACAGGUGCAACGGAGGCCAGCACCUGUGGGUUUACCAAACCCUAGAAUGCAGGGGCCCAUCCAGCAACCUUCCAUCUCUCAUCAGCAACCCCCUCCACGUUUGAUAAAUUUCCAAAAUCACAGCCCCAAACCUAAUGGACCAGUUCUUCCUCCUCAUCCUCAGCAACUGAGAUUUUCACCAAACCAGAAUAUGCCACGACAAGCAGUAAAGCCCAAUCCCUUACAAAUGGCUUUCUUGGCUCAACAAGCCAUAAAACAGUGGCAGAUCAGCAGUGGGCAAGGUGCCCCAUCGGCUGCCAGCAGCACCUGCUCCACUCCUUCCAGUCCCACCGUCACUAGUGCAGCAGGCUAUGACGGAAAGGCUUUUGGGUCACCGAUGAUUGACUUAAGCUCACCAGCGGGAGGGCCCUAUAACCUCCCUUCUCUUCCGGACAUUGACUGUUCAAGUACUAUUAUGCUGGACAAUAUUGUGAGGAAGGACACUAGUAUAGAUCAUGGACAGCCAAGACCACCAUCAAACAGAACUGUCCAGUCACCAAAUUCAUCAGUGCCAUCUCCAGGUCUUGCAGGACCUGUGACGAUGACGAGUGUACACCCACCAAUACGUUCACCUAGUGCCUCCAGUGUUGGGAGCCGAGGAAGUUCUGGCUCUUCCAGCAAACCAGCAGGAGCUGAUUCCACACACAAAGUCCCAGUGGUCAUGUUGGAGCCAAUCCGAAUAAAACAAGAAAACAGUGGACCACCUGAAAAUUACGAUUUCCCUGUUGUUAUAGUGAAGCAGGAGUCAGAUGAAGAAUCUAGACCUCAAAAUACCAGCUAUCCAAGAAGUAUACUCACCUCCCUCCUCCUAAAUAGCAAUCAGAACUCGGCCUCUGAUGAAUCCGUCCUGAGAUCAGAUGCACCUGACAGCACAGGAGAUCAGCCUGGACUUCACCAGGAAAAUUCCUCGAAUGGAAAGCCUGAGUGGUUGGCUGCCUCUCAGAAGUCCCCCCUUCAUGGGGAGACGAGGAAAGAGGAUGACCCCAAUGAGGACUGGUGUGCAGUGUGUCAGAAUGGAGGGGAGCUCCUAUGCUGUGAAAAGUGUCCCAAAGUAUUCCAUCUUUCUUGUCAUGUGCCUACUUUGGCAAAUUUUCCAAGUGGAGAGUGGAUAUGCACUUUCUGUCGCGACUUAUCUAAACCAGAAGUUGAAUAUGAUUGUGAUGCUCCUAGUCACAACUCAGAAAAAAAGAAAAAUGAAGGUCUUACUAAGUUAACACCAAUAGAUAAAAGGAAGUGUGAACGCCUACUUCUAUUUCUUUAUUGUCAUGAAAUGAGCCUGGCUUUUCAAGACCCAGUUCCACUAACUGUGCCUGAUUAUUACAAAAUAAUUAAAAAUCCAAUGGACUUGUCAACCAUCAAGAAAAGGCUACAUGAAGAUAAUUCCCUGUAUACAAAGCCUGAAGAUUUUAUUGCUGAUUUUAGAUUGAUUUUUCGAAACUGUGCUGAAUUUAAUGAGCCUGAUUCAGAAGUAGCCAAUGCUGGUAUAAAACUUGAAAGCUAUUUUGAAGAACUUCUAAAGAACCUAUAUCCAGAAAAAAGGUUUCCUAAACUAGACUUCAGAAAUGAAUCAGAAGAUCAUAAAUUUAGUGAUGACUCAGAUGAUGACUUUGUACAGCCCCGGAAGAAACGCCUCAAAAGCAUUGAUGAACGCCAGUUGCUUAAAUAAGCAGUGCUGUUGGGUUGUGCUGGUUUUUAGAUUUUUUUUUGUUUUGUUAAAAAAAGAAAAAUUGUUAGUAAUUUAACAUCAUUACAAAGAAGAGUUUGUGACCACUCUGAUUUUUAUUUUGUGUUUAUUAGAUUUUGAUUUCCUUAACUGUUUCUUUUCACCUUUUUUAUUAAAAAUCAAAAAAAAAAGCAGGAAGGAAAAGAAAUUGAAUUGUCAACAGCAAAUAAAAAGGCAUUCUUAAUUCUUUCCAUUUCUUGGAUAUCAAAACUGCAGUCUUGGGUGAUAACUACUUUAGAAUGAAGUAGACUCUAAGUUGAACUUUUAAUGUGGUUUGGAUGUAUGCAUUAAUCAGUGUUUAGAAAAUACCGCCAUCCAUUCAUGAUGGCCUACCUGGGAAUCAGGUGUACUACCCUCAAGAGUAGUGCUUCCUGAACACAGUGGUAAUUCAGUUCCAGCCUGAAUGCUGGCAGGUGCAACACAAAAGCAGAUUAGAUGCUAUUAAGAAGGCACCUAAUUGUAUAUCAUACAAGAUGGCAACUGUGUUAAAAAAGAAACAGGAAAACAAAUACUUGAUUUUUGUCUUUGGUUUUUGUUGUUAAUAGAGGUGUUUGAUACAGCAGGUUUAGAAGGCCAGUUUCCAUACAUUUCAACUCUGUCUUCCACUGAGGAAGUAAGUUGUAUACAUUUGGUUUAACUGUAUCUAUAUGUGGUUUGUUUUUUCAACUGUGCAGGUGAUCCUUUUAUAAUAUGAUUCAUUAUUUGCAGUAUGGUUUUUAAUGGAAUAGCUCAAAACAUGAAGUACAUCAGCACUCACAAUAUUUGAUGUAGAUUCUUCAUUAUAUGCCCUACUUGGGAUUAAAUAGAAGUUCCCCUGGAAGGUCCUGCUUUUUUGUGGUUUUCAUCUAUCUUUACAUUUUGAAAUAAAAUAUGUGUUGUGGGAUUGAAGAACAGACAAUUAGAGGGAAUUAUAGUGGAAAUUUAUUUUUUUCUGAAGUAUUUAAUUUGUUUUUUAAGAGUCCGAACUUCACAUUGGAUCUUUGAUAUGACUUUCAUUUUCAUUUUCCCAGUAGGAAUGUGAAAGACCUAUCUUCUGAAGACAGGCAUAUUCUUAGUGUGCUCGACCUAGUUAGUUUAACUAAUUCAUUCCUUUGAUUCCUUUGUCUUGUUCAAUAUAAAAGACAAUUUAGAUUUAGAUAGGAAAAAAUCUUUGUGCCAUUUGCUAAUCUGAUACUUGACAAAUAUUAACAAAUGGAGUUUAGUCUUCCAAAGGAAACCUUUAUUUGUAAAACAUUAAUUGGCUGAUGAAAAUUUUCUCUUUAGGCUAUUAGAAUAAAAGUAUAGCCCACUUGAAAGAAUGUUAUUCUUUGGAUAUACAGCUCAUGAAUUACUGUGGAGGACUUUUAUCCACAUGGUAUUACUUCUUAAGAUAAAUAAUUUGAAAAUAUACUGAACCUGGUAUAUUGGAUCUUGGCUAUUACUAGAAAUUAAGAGAAAAUAACCUAAUAGAUUGCUACACUCUGUGUUAUCUUUAGAUUAUCCAUAAUACGCCAGUUAUAAAUUAGUAAUUGAAAAGUCUUGAUUAUUUUUCCAAAUAUUAUAAGGUAAUGUAUUUGUCAUUUUAAAUAUGCUUUACAUUAACCAAAAACUGUUAGACCAAAUCUUGAUAAUGGUGUAUGUACCAUUAAAUUGUUUUUUUUUUUUUUUUACUACAGCAUUUUAAAAGCUAGCAACCUAUGGAGCAUUUGCUAAAAAGUUUAUUAUUGGUAUUAUAGAAUACUACUAUCCUGUUAUUUCAUAUUUGACUCCUGAGUUAAAACAGAGCAGCAGAGAUAAACUUUGAAGAUGAUUACAAAGGGAAGUUAUAUCUAACAGGGAAAAAAAUAAUUCUCUAAAUUUUGAGCCAGAAUUUCUAAUACAUACCCACAACUUUUAACUGUUAUAGUCAGUGCCAUAUUCGUCUUUUCAAACAGUGUUUCUCUUUUUGUGAAUGAAAGGCAGUAGAGAAUAUCAUGUAUGACUAAAUAGUCAUGUUAAAAGUGAUUGUCAGCUAGGGCCAGAGAGAAGCAUCUGCCUUGCAUGAGCCAACCCUGGUUCAAUACCUGGUUCAAUGUUUGAUCCCCUGAGGGACCACCAACAGUGACCAUUGAAUAGAGAGUCAGGAAUAAGUCCCAGGCAUUGCAAGUGUUCUAUCUGAAGUGGCCUUUUAUUAGUGGUCUUUAGAGUCAAGUGAGCAUAUUAACAAGUAUCUUUAUGCUUAGGUGGAACUCAGCUGUGUCUUUUUCCUUCAGUUUGUUUUAUUUUGUUUUGGAUUCGUAUUAGCUGUGUUUCCUCCUGGCUCUUUGCUUGGGAAUCAUUCUUGUUGGUGCCCAGGGGACCAUAAAGGGCGCCAUGCUGUAUGACUGAAACCCAAUCAUGAACAGCUUUGUCAUGGGCUAUCUCAUGGUGAUUCAAUUUUUUUAAAAAAAUGUGUUUUUAAAGGGUGCCAUGACCAAACACAGCUUGGCUUCAUCAAGGCAAGCACCUUAUCCACUGUAUUACUUCUCUAGCCCCAGUCCUUCAAUUUUAAUAGAAAUGAGCUCUGUUAUGAACCUAGUUGAAUCCCAUACUUCCUCCCAAAGUUCAAUGCAGUCCCAGCUACCUUGACCUAAAUUUAAUACAGUUUGCCUCUGAAUUCCCUCUAAUUAGGAAUCAAGAGCCCAAUGUCAUAGCUGCAAGAUGUGAUCAUGAGAUCACACUUCUGGUCAGAGGAGACCAGUUCAGUUACUAAAAGCUUUCUCUGGUGCUAAGCUUCUAAUGUUUUUAGCAAUAAAGAAAAACAAGUCAUAGUGAUUUUUUUUUGUGGUUGUGGAAGUGCAAAUGGGCUGAGACAUACUAUAUUAAAUUCACAAUGUAUUUGUACAUCAGAAUCUGACAAUGCAGAUGUUUUGUCCUUUGGACAGUCCCUAUUCUGAAUAGAGGAUAGGAAAGUGGAAGUUCUAAAAAGAAACAAUCAUGAUAGAUUAUCUCCCCCAUACACUAAAGAAUAGACUCCACAUUUUACUACCAGAGUAGUGUAGAUGUUUCUGAGAAGUGCUUUCAAGAGGUUGAGUUCCGUUGAUUGCUGCACUUGUGCUUAUGAAUUUGUUUCAAAUUCCUAUGCUAUGGCUAUGCUUAAAUUUCUAGAUUUGGGUUCCAUGGAGAGACAGGUUAGACACCAAAAGGAGGAACUCUCCUUUUUCCUAAGGCCCAAACCAAAAAUUAAUAUGAAGCCUAAAAGUUAGCCACUACAAAUGAGCAAAAGACUUGAAUUGAAUCUGUACUCAUUUUGGUUUGCCUGUAUUUGUUGUAAAUGAGAAAAAUCACAUGAUCUGAUUGGCCAUUAAAAUUAUAGACACAUCAUGGGAUCAAACAUCUCUAGUUUUUUUUUUUAUUAAAAUAGAGCCUCAUCUUUUAAAUAAUUAUGUUGUUAUUGUUAACUGUUUUGUGACCACGUAAAUAAAUAGUUGAUGCCUUUUAAAGCAUACAUUCGCACACCCUUGGGUGUGAAUUACUCAAGUCCUACUUCAAGUCCUCCAAUCUUGAGAGAGAGCAGUACUGACCAGUCAGAUCACAAGAUUUUUCUCCAUCAGGUUUUGCUUAUUGUGAAGGAUAUCUGAGGCAGUAGUCUGUUGUGUGUGCGUGUGCGUGUGUGUGUGUGUGGUAUUCUUUUUUUUAAUUUGAAGGAAACAACUGGUGCUUUGAUUUUAAUAAAAAUUAGCUUUGGAUUUUUA